UCCAGAGCUUCCAAAGCUUCCAUUGGCAAAUUUCCAAAGCUUCUCCCGAAGAAGAAAAGCAUCCAAACACACAGAUUUACAUUGAGAAAAUGGCAUCAUCGUCGUCGUCGUCGUCUUCGUCAUCCGCGGCAUCGAACGGAGUCUCCAACAAGCUCCAGCUCAUCAAGCAGCUCCUGCUCGGUGAGCCCUCUCCGGUCGCCAGCACCGCUUGCCCUGGUGGCUACCUCAAUUGCGCCGAGGCUCAUUCGGUCAACGGAGCCGGGGAGCAACCUGAGAUAGGGUACUCGCGAUCGGACUCCCUUGGCACGCAGAACUCGAGCUCCCACUCGACCAUAACCAUCUCGGAGCUGGACUGCUUCCAGGACCCCGAUAUCUUCAAUUUCGAUCUGGCUUCGGUUCCGAGUCAGAAUCCGAGCGACCUCUUCGAGUUGGAGGCCAAACCAGAGAUCAUCGACCUCACUACACCGGAAUCGUUUUCGAGCUUUCUGGAACAGGAGUCGGGCUGCUUCUUUGAGUUCGGAUCGAAGACUUCAGUCUCGAGUGCCGGCAGCUCACUGCAAGGCGGCUCGAGUCAAGCUAACCGGAAGCCGUCGCUGAAGAUCUCGCUCCCUAACAAGGUGGAGUGGCUCCAUUUCAACAGUGGGGACCAGGCACUGGCGGAGGUCAACGCGCCCGUGCCGGAGGAGGACCACCGCCACUACCGGGGAGUCCGCCAGAGGCCGUGGGGGAAGUUUGCGGCAGAGAUCCGGGACCCCAAGCGAAAGGGCUCGCGGGUCUGGCUUGGCACCUACGACACUGCCAUCGAGGCAGCCAGGGCAUACGACAGGGCCGCCUUCAGGCUCCGUGGCUCCAAGGCGAUCCUCAACUUCCCGCUGGAAGCCGGCAAGUCCGAGCCGAUGGCUUCCCGGGAUCACAAGAAGCGGCGCCACGAGGAGGAGGCCGAGGCCGUCACGAAGAGGGAGAAGUUGGCGCAGGAAUCCGGCGAGCGUGGUUACCGCACGGAGGUGCCAUUGAUGUCGCCGAGCUGGACGUCAUUCUUGGAGGGAGACGUGAAGGGUAUGUUCAACGUCCCUCCGCUGUCGCCGUUGUCGCCGCGCCUGGCGUUCGGGUUCCCGCAGCUGACCGUUAUUUGAGGAAAUUAACUAAGCUAGUUUCUUUGUACCCUUCUCGCUUUAUUUUGGAUUUUUUAGGGAGUGUAAUAUUGUUGUGCAUAGGUCGAAAGGAAAACAAUGGGCAAAUUCCAAGAGAUUUGUUCCAAAGAUUGCGAAAUAAAAAUAAUUUGUUUGAUGUA